AAUCCAUACACUGAUACAAGUUUUUUUUCCACCGAAUCAUAACAAUCUUUAAGAUAUGGGCGUGGCUCUGUUUCAGUUGCCAAUCAGAAGUGAGUGGGCGGGGCGCAGGCUUAGCGCUGGCUGCGGGUUAAAACAUGGCGGGAGAGAGUAUGAAGAAAAUGAGGCGAUUUAUCCGUGAGCUGUUCCAGGGCAGCCCGGACCUCAGUGUCCUGACUCACUCCAGAGUGCGCGCCCAAUUCCUGGCACACACCGGCCGCUCGGCUCUUAACCCUGAGGAGGUUCGGCAGCUGAAAGGGCUCGUGGAGGAGGAGCUUGUCAGGAUGCAGGAGGAUUCCAGUGACGAUGAGCCAUUAAUCAGGCAGGUAAAGAAGAGAGGCAGAGACAUUAAUGAGCCUGAUGGUGAUGGAGGCAGAGAGCCCCCAGGGAAGAAGCGGAAGCCCACAGAAGGCCAUGCUUCUGAGGAGGAGGAUUCUGGGAUUGAACCCUUUGGGAGUGACAACAAGAGACUGUCUGGAAGCUCCUCUGAGGCAGCCGCUGCUGAGAGACCAAUUGCAAGCAGGUUGGAGAAGGAAAAGGGAUCAGACAGCAAGAGCAAUGAGAGUGAUGGUGAUUCUGAUGUGCCGAGCCCACAAAGGAAAAGAGCACCCAGAAAGAGUAAGGUGUCUGGCAGCAGUGAUACAGAGGCCAAAACAACACCCGCAAAAUCAAUUGGGAAACAAGGGGCUUCUGGCAAAAGUGUCAGGGAGGGGAAGCAAGGGAGCUCUCCUCCAAUGAGGAAGGGAAAGAGAGUGUCUAAUGAGCUGUCGGGCAGUGAGAGUGAAACAGAAGUGACCAAUACCAGGCAAAAGAAAGGGCUAAAGAAGGAGACAGACAGUGAGAGUGAGGAAGAAAACAAAGGAAAGAAGGCUAAAAAGGAGCGUGCAAGUCCAAAGAGAGCAGCACAGAAAGGAAAAAAGGCUCAAAAGCCAGCAAAGAAAAAGAAAAACAAAGAGACAGAGAGUGAAGAUGAGAGUGCUAGUGAUGACGAGGAGCAGAUCCAAAUAGGGUCUUCUGAGAGUGCCAGUGAAAAUGAGACUGUUAGCAAAAGAACAGCUGGCAAAUCAAAAGGCUCAGACAGUGAUGAUGAAGAACAGGAACAGCCGUUUGGAAAGGGUGAGGGGUCACAGAUAGUGGGGUCAGACAGUGAGGAUGAAGAGACGGAUACCAGGCAAAGGAGUAAAGAAAAGAGCAAAGCUAAGAAAGCCAAGAGUGCAGGGAGUCCUAAUGUUGCACUACAGAAAGGAAAAGGGAAAGACAAGGGAAAACCAGCAAAAAAACAGAAAAAGACCAAGGCAGAUAGUGAGGAAGAGAGCGAUAAUGAUAAGGGAGCCAGAAGCGAAUCUGAGAGUGAAGAUGAGAUGUCUGAAAAGAAGAACUCUCCAAAGAAAGAGACAGACAGCGAAAGUGCAGAGAGCAGUGCAGCCGAGGGAGAUUCAAAUUCUGAGAGUGAAAAAGAGAGUCCAGGACAGAAGUUCAUGUCCAAUAAGGAAAGCAGCAGUGCCAAGAAAAGGAAGAGACAGCCUGGGAAGGAGGAGACUGAAGGAGAGGAUGAACAUAAGGAGAAGGGAGAAGACACCAAGAAGAACAGGGAGUCUGGUGAGGAAACCGCCAAUAAGAAAACACAACCAAACGAUGGUGACAGUGACUGUUCUGUGGGAUCUGACGCCAAGGAGAAAGGCAACAAGAAGCAGAGUAAGAGUUCAUCCCGAGAGGAUCACCCCUCAGUGGUGCGGUUGAAGCGCUACAUUGCAGCCUGUGGGGCGAGGAAGAACUACAAGAAGCUGUUCCAGGAUUGCAGCUCAGUGAAGUCCAUGGUGCAGAUCCUGAAGAAUGAGCUGGAAGAGUUGGGGGUUAAAGGGCAGCCAUCACUCUCCAAGUGCCGCAUUGUGAGAAUGAAGAGAGAGGAAGCGGCUGAGCUGGCGGAACUGGAUACCAGUAACAUCAUUGAGACAACUGGUCGCCCAAAGCGUCGUAACACCUGGAAUCCUUACAAGACUUCUCCCUCCCGGGAUGUCUCUCCUCCCGCAGAAUACCGCAAGUCUGUGGCAUCAGAUUCUGAGGAUGAGGAGGCCCCGCCAAGGAAAAAGAAACCAAUGGACUGGUCUUCUCUGAAGGGGAUUAUCAGUGACGAUGGUGAGAGUGAGUGAGCUUGGCUUUGCACACUUACCCUCGCUUGUGCCGGCACUUUCACUAUCUGCCAGUUACAUUGUCUGUCUGCUCACCUUAUACAGUUUCUGGUUGCACAUUAUUUUUAUAUGUCAUUUUUGUAAAUAAAUGUUUCUUGUGGAACA